GGUUUCCCAUUAAUCGGAUCCUCUAAAGACCCUUAUGGCAUGUGAAGUUAGGGCAGAUUGCGUCGGCGCUGAUACUUUUCAGUAGACAUGCUGCAAGCGAGAGCGCUUACGAUGCGAACAUAAACACAAGCUCGCUCGCAGCAACCCUGCCCUGCUGCGGCACCGCGCGCAACUGGGUCAGUGGGCCGCCCCCCGCGCCCCUCCCCGCCCGCCUGGUGGCGCAACCGCGCGAACGCGCACUAACAUAGACCUGGAUCGCGGGAAAGUGGGUCACCGACUCACUUUCACUUAUUACAUGGGCUCCUAAUCGUUUUCCAUUGUGCGAGCGGGCGGGGGCUCGCGGGUAGCGGCGGGGCGCGCAUGCGGGAGGCGCCGGCACGCGCGACGUUGUCGCCGGCUGCCAGUCGAUCGCGGGACGUCCACAGAGUGGUACGCGUGUCGCCGUCAGUACCACUUGCGACGAUCGUAAUUGAGCGCGCGCCUUCAAACUUACGAACGGUUACCACGCACACCGGCGCCGAUAGGACUUUUGACCACACUCGCUUAGGACAACAUGUGCUGGAUUAACGUGCCUCUUCCUGUAGUGUUCGAACAGGUGCAGCCCGCAAACGGCAGAUAGUGUUGCGGCUAGACCGCUAGUGAACUCGGUGACUGUGUAAACGUUGUUGCGGUUGAACGCCGGUAGGAUUUGCAAUAAACAGCCGCUACGUGCGGCCGAGUAUGACGAUGGACCAGCAGACAGGCCUCAUGUCCCUCAACAUGUCCCCGUUCGAUCUGAGCCCGGGACCCGAAGGCUCGGGUUCGGGCGGCGGGCCCUCGGGAACUUCCCAACAGUAUGUGCCACAAGGCGCCGCCUACCAGUGCGGGCCGGAGCAGCAGUCUUUCGGCUACGCCAAUUUGGAUCCUUCUUAUCUAUUUCCCACAGGCGCCGGCGGCGAGGCUGGUGCCUACCUCCCGGCGACCGGCGCGGUGUGCGACCAGACCGACACCAAGGAUGUCAUCGAAGAACUGUGUCCCGUGUGCGGAGACAAAGUCAGUGGAUACCACUAUGGCCUGCUCACAUGCGAGUCAUGUAAAGGAUUUUUCAAGCGGACCGUACAAAAUAAGAAGGUGUACACAUGCGUCGCAGAACGAGCAUGUCAUAUAGACAAGACACAGAGGAAACGCUGUCCCUUUUGCCGAUUUCAGAAGUGUCUGGAUGUCGGCAUGAAGCUUGAAGCUGUUCGAGCAGACCGUAUGCGGGGAGGGCGAAACAAAUUUGGCCCUAUGUACAAACGAGACCGCGCUCGCAAGCUUCAAAUGAUGCGACAGAGGCAGAUAGCUGUGCAAACACUGCGAGGAUCGAUCGGAGACGGUAGCCUCGUACUAGGCUUUGGCUCUCCCUACGCGUCAGUACCAGUGAAGCAGGAGAUUCAGAUACCUCAGGUGUCAUCGCUGACGUCGUCGCCAGAGUCGUCGCCGGGGCCGGCGCUGCUGGCCGCGCAGCCGCAGCCGCAGCAGCCUCCACCGCCUCCCGCGCACGACAAGUGGGAGGCGCACUCGCCGCACUCGGCGUCGCCCGACGCCUUCGCCUUCGACGCUCCCGCCACCAACGCCGCCACGCCCUCCAGUACCGCCGAGCCCACGAGCACGGAAACCCUGCGAGUCUCGCCCAUGAUCCGCGAAUUCGUCCAGACCAUUGACGACCGCGAGUGGCAGAACUCACUCUUCGGACUCUUGCAGAGCCAAACUUAUAACCAGUGCGAAGUUGAUCUCUUCGAGUUAAUGUGUAAAGUGCUGGACCAAAACUUGUUCUCUCAAGUGGACUGGGCGCGAAACACCGUGUUCUUUAAGUAUUUAAAGGUUGACGAUCAAAUGAAGCUGCUACAGAACUCGUGGUCGGACAUGCUGGUGCUAGACCACCUGCACCAGCGCAUGCACAACGGACUGCCUGACGAGACGACGCUGCACAACGGCCAGAAGUUCGACCUCAUCUGCCUGGGACUACUGGGCGUGCCCGCGUUGGCCGACCACUUCAACGAGCUCCAGAACAAACUGGCCGAACUCAAAUUCGACGUUCCAGACUACAUCUGUGUUAAAUUUCUACUUCUGCUUAAUCCCGACGUGAGGGGCAUCGUGAACGUCAAGUGCGUUCGGGACGGCUACCAGACGGUGCAAGCUGCGCUUCUAGACUACACGCUCACCUGCUAUCCAAAUAUACAGGACAAGUUCGGCAAGCUGGUGACCGUGGUGCCGGAGAUCCACGCGCUGGCGUCGCGCGGCGAGGAGCACCUCUACCAGCGGCACUGCGCGGGCCAGGCGCCCACGCAGACGCUGCUCAUGGAGAUGCUCCACGCGAAACGCAAGCCGAACGGAGGCGAUAUGGUUAACCGGAGUGCCGAGCACACGUCGACCCUAGACCGAUUGUGCGGUUUCCUGCCAAGCGACGCCAUUGACCCGCAUUCGCCCAUUUAGAAUCUUGAAGUUCCAGUGAAGGGUAAGGUUAAGACCGAAGAAGCGCCAAGCGCCCCGACACCACAUCAGAUGAAACGUUGUUCGACAAACUUUACUUAUUAACUUAGCUUUAGUUUGUAAUUUGGUGUGUGAUUAUAUAAGUUAUUGCGCUGAGCGCCGGCCGAGCGAGCGGUGCGGCGCGUGCCUAGUCCGAAUACAUAAAACAAAUAUUUAUCUACCUAAUAUCUACAUAACAUGAAUACAGAAAUAUUUAUUUAAUAGUAUGUCGUCUUAAUUCAAAUGUGAAUCAAAAUUAUGAUCAGCAAAUUGUACGAUUCAGAGAGACAAUAGUCAGACGAAUUCUUAAGCCAAGUCAAACAAUACAAAUAUUGUCCUUGCUACUUGCGUUUCCUUGGUUGUUUGUUUACAUUUAAUGUUUUUAACUUGAACUUAAGGUUUGGCCAGCUGCGGUCAUGAUCUAAUAUCGCUGGAGGCGUGCUGACCGGCAGCGGGUGUAGGUAUGUUUUACUACCGAAGUAGGCUAAAGUCAGCCACCUGAAGGCUCAUGAUCCUCAUGAACUCUGGUCGUACUAAUCCUUUAGACUUUAGAGCAUUGUAUUUCAUCAGAUUCCACGACCAACCGUACAUACAAUACAAGUAAACGCAACGCGUGAGUAGGUAACAAUAAUAAAGAGAUUUGUGUAACUUCUGGGUCAAAUACGAAACAAUUAUGGUGUAUCGUUGGCUUGGCUUCUUUAGCAUAUUCACUGAAAAUAAUUAUUUUAUAUUGUAAAUACAUGUCUUAACUAUAGAUUCUUUGGACUUUGUUGCUUAGUGAAGAGAAAUAUUACAUACAUAUUUUAGGAAAGCGUCUGUGAUUAUAAACGAAGAAAUUUGAUGAAAAACCGUUUUUAAUGUUAGUUGAAAAGUAUGUAUAAUAAUAGUUGUUAGUUUUAUUACGGUAACUAUAAUACGAGUAUGUUUGGUUUUGCGCGCUACUGCUAGCGCCGCCUUUUCUUAUCUAUUGUUCAAAAUUAUAAAUACACAAAUGAUAAUUAUUUUAGUAAUUUUGAGGCACUUAACAAAUAGUAAAGUGUGUGUUCUAUGGUGAUAUAUUGUAUAGGUCCCGCGGUCGGCACGACGCAGCGCAGCACGUCGGCGGGCCGCGCAGACAAGCCCGCGCGCGCGCGCGCGCGGCGGCUUAUAGGAUUCACUAUUGCAGAUUUUAUUGAGAGUUGGCAUGUAACAUUUUAAAAGUUUUAUUCUAACUAUAAGACCAAUUUGUGCAAAGUUAAAUUCGUGUUUAAAAUUAACCCUCAAAUAUUUAUAUUUGUUGUAUUAUAAUGUCAAAUUAUGUUUAUCGGCCAUACCAGUACAAAUUAUAAUCCUUGUUAAAACUAACUAGCACAUUUACAGUGAUUAAAUAUACUUAUACUAUUAUAAAUUAUGUAAAUUAACCUUCAUCGUACCUACUGAAAGAAGCCUUAAAAAUCAUAGAUUUUUAAAAGAUAAUAUGGGUACUAGUUUCUACUGGCCAACGGCCAAGGAAAAUGAUGUAUUUUUAUAAAAAAUAUUGUUCUUUAUUAACAUAUAAAAUAUGUUAAAAUGAAAGUACAUUAUUUCGUAUUUUUCUAUCAUAUAGUAGUGUACGUAAAGAAAUUAAAUGAUCAAUCUGUAAGUGAAAGUGGUUAUAUAUAAUAAUGUUAUCACUGUGUAUUAUGUAGGUACCUGCGCUGCAAUUUCUUUUGGGAUCUUUUAUUAUUGUAACAUAAGGUUAGUAGAGCGACGGCCGCCGCGCCUCCCCGCGGCAGGCGGGUCGCGGCGGCCGCCGCGGCGCGCCCCUCCGAGCGUCGCGUCUCUAGUUCGGAUGUUUAAAUUAAUCGAACAUGUGAUUGACGGUUUGUGUAAGUAAAUGUUAAUAUUAUAUACCUAUAUUAUAGUGUCAUUGCACCAAGUGCGACGGUACCGUAAGCCGCAUCAACGAGUAGUAGAUUAGUACAUGUUGGGUAAUGUUAUUUUCAUAUUUGACUUUGCGGCUCAUGUAUAAAAUUAUUGCACCGUGUUUUAUAUUUAAUACCGUCCAGUGAACACUGUAAAUUUAUUCUCAUGACAUAUUUUAGAGAUUUAUUUGAGUUUAGUAAUAGCGAAAUUUUAAGUAAUGAUCCAGUGGUAAUAAUCAGACCGAAAGGAACAUUUCGUGAAUCUAUUAAUUAGGUACAGUUUUUUCGCACACGUUUUAUUCACAAGCAUUGAAUACUUCUUCCGUCUUAAAAAAAACGUUCGUUAUCCAAGUCUUUAGUAGUAAGAAUCGGAUAUAGUAAAAACGAUAGCAUAAAUUACAAAACGAUAUCACAUAGAAUGGUUUAACGAACAAUUGGGGUUUAUAUUAUGUUUGUGACACAAUACGAAAAGUUCCUCUCGAUCUGUCGUACGACCUGGCCGCCCGAGACACGAGUGCGACACGCCACUAUCUUAUAAUUAGUGAUACUGGUCCGAGUCACCUUACUAAUAAUUUAGUUUGCAACAGAACAAUAGUUACCACCUAUUGUUGAUAUAUGUUAGACAUAUAUAAUACACAUAGCAACCCGACACAUACUGUAUGAAGGGUAGUACCUGCUUUAAAGUAACUGUAAAAAAAAGAGUUCCUUCUAAUGUUGUUGUGGUAAUUUAUUACAAAAACAUUACCUCCUGUCUGUAUCAUUGAACAACCGAAUAAUAUGUUAUUGUAUAUAGGUAUAUCGCAUAAAAUGUUUGUAAGUUACGUCGCGCGUUUGUUGAACGUCCAUCCCCACUUUUGUAACCACGUACGAUCAGUUUCAGUUAUCGUGUAGCUCUUCCGUUACUAACACACUGCUAGCGGUUACUCGUAUUUUGUAUAGAUGCUUUAUCAUUUUAUAUUGCGUAUUACCUUAUCUUUUUAUUUUUCUAAUUAUCACUUUAAUUAUCAUGUAAUUAUAUUCAGAGAUGUUUUGAUUAGUGAAGAGAUUCUUAUAUCCAGUUUUGGAUCAGCAACAAACAGGGGCUGAGUGGGUGUAAUGGUUAUAUUUAUGGCAUAGUGCAAUAGGCGUUGCGACUCUUGCGUAGCCAGAUUAAUGGGUUGCUCCUAGGCUGUGCAGAGCCUGUCCGGGUUGGGUACUCUACUCGGUAAGGACACUCGUCUGGCUCUAUGGUUCACUAGCUCUCCUACCUUCUUAAAUAAAAUAUCAAAAACCAUUUAUACCACAAUUUUUGAUUCCUUUGUUGUUUAUUUAAUUUUACCGAAUAUGUUACCAUUUAUACAGUAUUUAUUUGUACGUGAUUUUGCAGUUUAAUAUUUAACGUAACAGUAUUAAUGUUUUGUACCAGAUAUAUUCCGUAUACCGCGCUAAUACGGGGAAUCAAGUAUUGUUGUAUCGUGAGUGAUGACUGCCAUAUAGACUACAGGUCGAGAGAAAUCUAAUUACCAGCGCGUACCUAGUUGAUCUUACCUAUGUUAGAAUGAAUACGACAUGAUUUAAAUACAUACAUAUAAUAUAUCCAGGUACCUUCUAUUUUGAUUUUCGAAAUGAGUGAGACUAUUAGUUUAAUAUAAGUUAUGUUCCGGUGUAAAGUGAUAUGGCACAAGCAGCAGACGGGGUAGCGAGGAGCCACACACGCUUUUUACGGGGUCUAUAUGAGAAGUAUAACUUCUUUUAUAAUUGUAUUUUAAUUGUAUUGCCUUGUUUACUUAGGUCGAUCGGAAAAACGGCUAAAAACAAUCAUAAGGUACGGUAGUCGGGCGUCAAAUCCACGCGACAAUCUUGCGUUGGCUCCGAGACGCACGAGUUUUAGGUACAAACAUGUAUGUUUUUGUGAUAUUAUAAAUCGCGCGUAGGUUGUUACAUACUUUAAACGUGAAAUAGAAUCGAUGAAGGUCCAAGGUGAAGUGCAUGGUUACAGAGUGGCGUGCCAUUAGUUAGGUAAUUGUACAGGGUUCGCGACAGUGUUGGUCGGGAGACGCCCUUCCAUCCUCCACAAGUACAAUAUUUCUGUUUUCUCGAUGGAACUACUAAUUUAGACAAUAAACGGUUCAACAAUAAGGUGCCAGUGUUCAUAAGUUAAUUUUAGCUUCAGUUAGUCAGUUUAAUCGCUAUUUCACUUUUUGUUAUCUGCUUAUUUUUAUCGACAACAAUUUCAUUAUUGAGUAAGAGUUAUUCUAUACAUAUAAACAUUAAACCUACUAUUUACUUUUUAAAAUUAGGUUGUAAUAUAUAGAUUAAAGUUGUAUUUUAAUGUCUGUGUAAGGAAUAUCUAUAUUUAUAAAUUACAAUGUAAGUACAUAUUUGAAAAUGUGUACACACUUGGUGUGUUAUAAAUGUACAUUUGAGUUGAGCUGUAAGCGAUGAGUGGUCAGGCGGAGUCGCUUCGCUCAGAUUCGGCGACGACACGCGCGCGUGCGCGUCGCACACAUUCCAAAAUAACGCUAAUGGUAACGCUACAUGAGGCGAUCCAAUUUGUAAGUUAACCACUUUGUUGUUCAUUAACGAUAAGUUAGAUUUAAUCUCAGUCGAUGUGUUGUUUAACUUUAAUCUGUGUAUAGUAUUGUCUCGGUUAAGUUUUCGUGAGGACGUGAAUUUGAGCGAAUUGACAUGCCGUUGCCUGGAGGGUUCAUAUUAGCUAAUAAGUCUUUUAAGGACCUAAACAUUAAUUUCUGUUGCACCUAACUUUAUUUUGCGAGCCUGUAAGUUCUGAUUCAUGAAUAUUGUAAAUAUAGUUAGGUCAACGUAAACAGUUUUACUCGAGCUAUUAAAAGGUUAUUUUAUUGUUGAUUCUGAAUAAUGGGCUAAAGGAUACCAAUGCAAUUCGCAUUUGCUGUUAGUAUAUUAAAAAUUGUUGUAUUUGAUGCGAUACAGUAUACGGCUGUUCACGUGUCACUGUGGUCUGAGGGCGAGGAACGCACCUCGCAUGCAACUCGGCGGCCCAGCCGCUCGACGUAUCAUAAUAUACAUAAGUACACCUCUAAGUUACGCCAUACGGCUUGUUGUAAGGCUGACGCAUUCUGACUGAACGUACGCGAUGUGAUCGCUGUUUUUGUGGCUUCAAAACGGAAGGUAGCAUCACACUUUUGUCUAAGCAUCACUAUUGACUUGAUCCAAACAAGCUUUUAUUAAAUUAAUUAGCCACGGGCGCAGUAACAUUACUCUAUAUAGUCUAUAUAAUUUGUAAAUAGAAAUGAGCGCUAGUAAUGAUUUUACGCCAAUUAUUUAUCAUUAAAGAUGUCAAAUACUUGAUACGAUAUAUAUUUGUGGUGGGUUUACAGGAAGAAAAUUAAUACUAUUUCCUUGCUAUUCUUUAGGUACAACUUUAUAAUACUGUUAUUUAAAGUUUAUAUCUAUCGUGCCCCUGUAAGCUCUUCUUAACAACGCGAAUUAAUAAAUAUAUAAUAGAAAACAUACAAAUAGAGUCUAAUUUUAACAGUGGUUAUUUACCGUCUGCGGUCCUUAAGACGACUUGCCUAAUUAUAAUUUUGAAUUUAAAGUACGUUUUGAUGUCACUGCAAUACAGUUUCAGUUAGAGUGGUUUCGCCGGGAUAAAGUACUAUAGCCACGCUACACUGUGUCAUUACCUCACAUUACGUCUUUUAUACCAUUAUAAGGUAAAAUAGUUAAUGUUGUCACUAAAUCUUUAAACUUAUUUUAAUUGUAAAUUUUGUUUAGAGAUGUCUAAGUUUGUAAUUGUAAACACGAGCUAUUUUUAGUCGGCAACAUAGAUACAUGUAUAUAUAGCGGCGCGCCGUCGAUUGGGCUGUGUGUCGCUGUGUAUUUAUUUCCAUGGUGAUCAAGAAACAUUGUGAGACGCUCGCGCGCGCCGGCGGCGGGGGCCGCGCUCUCGCCGCCCGCGCAGCCCGUUAUUGUAGAAAUAAAUGAUAUUUUCGUUUACA